AUGAACCCAUUCAAAGGUAUUUCUGGUAGAUGCAGCAAGCGCACAUCAAAAUUGGCAAAGGUUGAAGUCAAGCAAGAGCCUGGUUUCAAGGAAGAGCCGAACGACGGUGAUAGCGUUUUUAACGUACCACGGCCGCGAGUUGAUGGUACAUAUCGAGCAAAUUACGAGGGGCCGUUCGAAUUUGGAUAUGACUUCGAUGAGGUAAAGGAUGAGAUCGAAUGUGAAGAAGAAGAGACAUGCAAAGAAAUGGACUCAGCACCAUAUGAACUAUUGAAUGACAGCGCCAACGAUGAUGGAUCAGUCGAUGCUCAACCAGUCGAUGACGUGAAGAAGUGGAAUGGAAGCUCCAAAAAGCGAAACAAACGAUCGAUGCCCAGGAAUCAAGCGGCCAAAAAGCAAAAGAAGCACAAAUGUCAUGUGUGCAAUCAUAUGGCACCCAGUGAAUCUCAUCUCACAAGACACUUGCGAACUCAUACUGGAGAAAAGCCAUAUCAGUGUGAUGUUUGUUUGAAGUCCUUUGCACAAAAAG